AUGGCAGAUGAGGUUAUUGAUGGGUUGGGGAAUAUGAAGUUAACGUCUAAGGAGGAGGAAAUUAUUCCUAUCUCUAAUGAAGGACGAGUGGAGGCCAUAGAAAGUUGUACUUUGAGUCUUCUUGGGAAAUUCCUUACAUGUAAACCCUUCAAUAAAAGAGCGGCUAAGAUCACUUUGAAGAAAGUGUGGGGUUUGGAGGACCGGAUGCACAUAAUUGAGGAAGGGCCGAAUCUAUUCCAAUUCAAGUUCCAAUCGAAGUUUGAUAUGUCUAAAGUUCUCGAUGGGGGUCCUUGGUCUUUUGAUAAUCAGCUUCUUUUACUCCAACGAUGGAAGAGAGGGAUGACAGUGGGGAACCUUAAGUUUGAAUAUGCUUCUCUUUGGGUUCAGAUUUGGGUUGCACCGCUUGACAUGAUCUCUCCUUAA